UAUUUCAAGAUACAAUAAGAAAAGAAAAACCUUAUAAUAUAUGUACAUUUGCCAGCCACUUAAUGAUGGAACCUGCAAUUGUUAACAACGAUAGUAAAUCUACCAUUAUGGCUCGGAUGUGCUGUUGGCCUCAGGACAUGUCAAAGAGCUUAAUCGCGAAUGUUGUGACACUUUUAGGAAUGACUAAAAAACUAGCAAAGGAUGAUCCAAGAAGGGUUAUUUAUUCCUUAAAAGUGGGACUUGCUCUAACCUUGGUGUCGUUGUUUUACUAUUUCCAACCCCUUUAUAAUACCUUUGAUGAUUCUGCUACAUGGGCUAUUAUAACUGUCGUGGUUGUGUUUGAAUACACUGUUGGGGCUACUUUAGUAAAAGGAUUGAACAGAGCAAUGGGUACGUUCCUAGCAGUUGCAUUGGCAGCUGGAACAAAUCACUUGGCCAGUCUUUUUGGGAAUAUUGGUGAAGCUAUCCUAAUUGGAUUGUUUGUUUUCAUAUUUGCGACAACUUCAACGUUUAUCCGAUUUUUUCCAAAAAUAAAACGAAGAUAUGAUUAUGUGUUCUUGAUAUUCAUCUUGACGUUCAGCUUCAUUUCAGUAUUAGGGUUUCGAGAAGAGACACAUAUUAUAGAGAUAGCACAUAAGAGAAUGUCAACUGUGGCCAUUGGCAUAGUUGUUACUGUGCUCAUAAAUAUACUGAUUUAUCCGAUUUGGGCUGGACAGGAGCUUCACAAUUCAAUUGCUCUUAAUAUGGAAAAAAUUGGUCAAUGUUUACAAGGAUUUGGAGCCGUGUAUAUGAGGACAGAUGGUGAAGCUAAGUCCAAGGAUACGAGUAAAUCAUAUUUUCAAGGCUAUCAAAGUGUGCUGCAUUCCAAAAGUUCCGAGGAAACCUUGGCAAAUUUCGCGAGAUGGGAGCCACCACACGGGCAAUUCAGAUACCGUCAUCCCUGGAAUAAAUAUGUCAAAUUAGGAUUUUUGUCCAGGCAAUGUGCAUACAGGAUUGAUGCUUUAAAAGCUUAUUGUAAUUUGGAUAUUAAGUUGACGCAAAAGUUCCAAGAAGAAAUUAAAGAAGCAUGCAUUAAAAUGAGCUUGGAAUCUGGGAAUGCACUAAAAGAGCUGAGUGUUUGCGUUAGAGAAAUGAAAUAUCCAUCUUCAUUAGUUAACGCUCAUAUUUGUAGCUCAAAGGCAGAACUUGAAACCUUAAAAACACUUUUAAAAUCAAUUUCGUUAUAUAAUAAUACUAAAUCUAAUCAACAAUCAGAGGUUCUAAUACAGACGAUACCAAUGGUAACAGUAGUUUAUCUCCUCACUGACAUUGUUGAUUACACUGAGAAAAUGGCAGCAACCACUUAUGAGCUUGCAACCAUUGCUUGUUUGGGAAAGAGCAAGGUUAUGAACGCCGCCGAGGUAUCUCCAAAGAAAUCUGCUAAUAAUUUUGAUGAAACAAAUAAUCAACCUACUAAUCAGCUGAUUUUGAUUACAAUUGCUGAACAAUCAGAUAUGACGGCAAAUUCAUUAUAUAAUUAACCAGAGUCUCAUAUCUACGAUAUAGAUCAUAUAGUACAGGCUGAAUUCUUAUCUUUUCAAAUCUAUUUGACCAAUUCCACUACUAUUCUAUUGUGUUAAAUGCUAUAAAAUUCAUUAUUAAUAAAG